AUGAAAGGGGGCACGUACACGGCGAAGUGCGGCCCAAUUUCGGCGCACAAUUUACCUGCAGAUGCAACAAACACAAAGAGGCUAUAUUCGCGGAGGACCCAGAGGGCAGCGGGGGGUAGGGAGGAGGGGGCCCGUUCAGGCACCGUGCAGCGGGUCGGAUUACUGCGGCCAUCUGCCGGGCGACGGGGAACAAUCAACCUAACGAGCCGCGCUCGCGACGGGAUUAAAGCC